UUAUUAUUAUAAAAUUAAUAUCUGAGGUGUUGGCCGUUCUGACUGUAGUUCUUCUUUGAGUUUGAUGUCCCAAGCAUCGCGUCUUCAGCUGAGCAUUUUGUUGGCAUUCAUUGUAUUGAUGGUACCGAUCCAGUUGUUUGGAGUCUUCAAGUUAGUAAUAGCUUUCUCCACGUUCUAGCGCGUGACGGCAUUCCUCAUCAAGUAACAUUAGUUCUACUCAUUUUUAGCUAGUUAGAGCCAGGGCUCGCCAAAGGCUUGUUAUUGUCGUGGCUUUCCACUUCGGAAAUAGCGGCAGCAUGACCACGUCGACAGCAGUGGUGAACUUCAAGAGUCUUCUGGCCCGAAGCAGCGUACACAGCUGUGUCGAUAGUGUCAGUUGUGAUGGCCCUACCGGCUGUAGCUUCAGUGAAAACAGGAGUAAGCAGGACGACGUCGAGGCGACGACCUCUCCGUUGCCACUAAGUCAGGAUCGUCACGUCUCGCAUGCCGAGUGCGCCUGCACGGGAUUGGACGGCAAUGGUAGCAGUGAGGGAUACUCAUCAUCAUUCCUUUCUUCGCUCGCAGUACGUUGUAACAGUGAGCAAAUACAAAAUUUACAUCGGAGCAGUGCGGAGUGUAGUUCGAGUAGCGCAAGUAGUGCCAACGUCAGUAACCAUGGUAACGCCGGCACUGACAGUAGGCUGAGUAGCGCCAGUAACCAUGGUAACGCCGGCACUGACAGUAGGAUGAGUAGCGCCAGAAACGCUUCGAGCUAUUCCUCUAGCGCAAGGCAAGACUGCGCAGGCGCCGACCUGCUUGCUGAGGUGAACACACUGGACCUGUUCCACACAGUGGCUGGCCUGUAUGCUCGCAGUUUUCCUUCAACGGACAUUGAUGAUAUCUACAGUAUCCUGGCUGCUGACAGUACGCGCACCAUACUACUGUACACGGAUAUGGAGACUGCCGUGAUGGAAUGCCAGAAAGCCUACAAGGACAGUAGCCAUGGGACAGAUGCCUCCGAUGUGACUCCUGUGCCUGGUGCCGAUGGCGAUGACACCGACAGCACUACUACAGGUGACGAGGAAGAAGAAGAAGAAGAUGACGACGACGAGCCAGCGAGUGUCCUGUCCGGUGUGUUCAGUGAUUCAUCAUCGGAGGAGGAGGAAUCGGACGAAGAGGACGACGAGGAUCAGACCGAUGGCCAUGGUUGCCGGGGACAGGCAGAGUUCUUGCACAGGGUAGCGGUCAGGAGGAACUUACGCCACUCCAACAAAUGGAACUGCUCAAGUGUGGGCAUCGAGUCUCGACUGGCCGGUGCACUGACGUUUCGCUGGGUUCUGCACGGGAAGCUGCAGAGGCCUCUGGUGCACAUCGGCCUGUUUGCAAUUCGGCCUAGGUACAGGGGCCGUGGACUCGGCACCAACCUACUGCAGCAAGUGAAGAAGCAGUCCGUUUCAGGAAAUUACUCCGCUAUCAUCUGCUACGCUGACGAGCGGGCAGUGGACUACUUCAAGAAGAACGACUUUGACGAUGAUCCCGUUCUUUGCAUGCAAUAUAUUGAUGCUAUAGACCCAUGGCACUCCAGCACGUUUAUGUGCUACAUCUCCGGGCACUACCGCAAGGAUGCUUCUGAAGAUUCUGGUGAUGACCGUCACUUUCUCGUUGAUGCCGAGUCAGAAAUGUCAGCCUGGAAGACUUCACAGGUCACAGCUUACCAGCAACAGGUUGCACUGUUUAAACGAAUGAAAUGUCACAUUCAAGAGUUGGAAGACACGGUGUCCAAACAGCAGAGUGAGAUUCGCUACCUAACGGGCAAACUCCGGGCCUUUGAAGAGUCUAUAGACACUAGAAGUGCUGAAGAUGCAAGGUCCGGCAGAGCUGACCAUGCUGCAGACGAUGACAUCGCUAUUAAGCAACUAGAUCUGCUCCCGGGACUGGUCAGAAAGUCAGCAGGGGCCGUCUCCCGCUUUUGGACGCUGGACAUGAAGGGCAUGGACAUGAAGGGCAAAGUCAGCACGAAACAUAAUUAUUGAUACAUCGUGUGCUCCACCCGCAGCACCCGCAGCAGCUACCUCGCACCCCAGUACAUGUACUCUUAGAGUCGCUCUUCUCACUGUGAUCACCACCCCGCCCGGUCAUGCAGUCUUGACCUGGGGUUCUAGGACCCGGUCAUGCUGCCUUGACCUGGGGUUCUAGGACCCGGUCAUGCUGUCUUGACCUGGGGUACUAGGACCCGGUCAUGCUGUCUCGACCUGGGGUUCUAGGACCUGGUCUCUCUCUCUCUCUCCUCUUUCACUUUCUCCUCUCUCGUGUUUUUUGUAAAUAAUAAAACCGGAACACAAUGAA